GGUUCUAGACAUUUAUGAGCUGUCAGAAAAAGGGAAAAAGAAAUUCCCUCACCAAUACUACCUGUCGAUCAGGCCCAGGAAGAAAUUAAAGCCAAGAAUAAUGACAGGAAAAUAAACCAGCCCGUGAUUCCAUCAUUGGUCUUAGCAUUUCAGAUGGAACUUAAUAAAGAGACCAACUCCCACUGCUGACAGCCUUGGGCCCUGGGUCAAAGAGCCAGCCACCUAGCUCUGGGAAGCUGGUUAAUGCUGAUGUGCACACCUGGGAACACAGUGGACAAAUCGAAUAAUUCCCAGAAAUCUGAGCUGGAGCCGCUACCCAUGAGCCUGUUCUUAGAGGAAAGGCGCUGCAGGAAUGAAAGUGACCACACUGCUUUUCUGGCGGUGACGACCUACCCACACGAGAACAUGCCUCUCGCAAAGGAUCUCCUUCAUCCCUCCCCGGAAGAGGAGAAGAGGAAACACAAGAAGAAAUGCCUGAUGCAAAGCCCCAAUUCCUACUUCAUGGAUGUGAAAUGCCCAGGAUGCUAUAAAGUCAACACGGUCUUUAGCCAUGCACAAACGGUAGUUUUGUGUGUUGGCUGCUCCACUGUCCUCUGCCAGCCUACAGGAGGAAAAGCAAGGCUUACAGAAGGAUGUUCCUUUAGGAGGAAGCAGCACUAAAAGCACUCUGAAUCAAGAUGAGUGGGAAACCACCUCAAUAAACACAUUUUGGAUA